AGAAUAGUACAUUCCUCCGAGUUUAGUUGAUCAGUUUCUCUCUCUCUCUCUCUCUCUCUCUCUCUCUCUCUCUCUCUCACACACACACACACACACACACACACACACACUUAAACCGCACUGUAUUUGUUGCUCAUGCUGUAGGAACUUUUACACGGCUGUCAUUAUGGAUGUCGGAGCUCCACAGGAAAACCAGGCGGUUAUAUCGAGCACGACAGGCGCCACAGUGGACAUUCGUAAGGUAGAAAGUGUUGCUAAGUCGUGGAUGAUUGACUUCAGCUUCCGGUCACUGUGUCGCUACUACAGAGAGCAAAGCGCCGAGAACUUCAGCAAAACUUUAAAAGUCUUCGAAGCGAUGAUCGAUGACGAGUACCAGCUGCAGGACCAUCAGCAAACGAAGAGAACCAUCUGCUGCUUGCUUUCCAGAAUUAUGGACGGCAAAAACUUGGAUGCGCAUUAUGACCCAAACAACAAAGUGACUCCUCUGAUGUCGGCUCUCUCAGUGUGGGACAGUCUGAAGGACAGUGUGGAAGACGCUGCUCUACACGACAACAUAAAGAACCUGUUAUUUAUUCAGUGUGUUGGUGUGUGUUUGGAGAAGGGAAACGCUCAGCUUGCAGCACAUACCCUGCAGUGGCUGGAGAAAGAGAGCGAUUUACCGGAGAAACUGCAGAGGAAACUGUCCACCGUUGUGUCUAAGAAGGACGUGUACGAUCAGCUCCUUGCCAAGUUCUCCUUUAAUCACCUCCUGAAGGGCGUGAACUCCUUCUUGGAUGCGUUUCUUGAGGAACAUCCGUCUGACUUUUUAUUGAAGGCUGCCUCUAAAGUGGUUCAGGCUCGACAGGAGAGACCGGAGCAGGCUGAUGUGGAUCAGAACAGUGAAGAACCUGAACCAGACAGUCCUGUAAAGCCAGAGACAAACGCUGCUUCAUCAGAGCUUAAGCUGAGACCCAAAAAGAAGCUUUUCUCCACUAAAUCUGCUCAUCCCUGGAAACCAGAAAGCACAAAGAAGCUUCAGAGUCAUCCUCGUGGAACAACCAAAUUAAAAGUCUCUAGAAGGAGUUCGAAAGUGCCACCACCACCAUCACCAGAGCAAAACACCAUCUCCAAACACCGGACCAAGAAGAAGUGGAUGUUCGAUGAAGAUCAACGCCUAAAGGCAGGAGUGAAGAAGUACGGCGAAGGGAAGUGGUCCAAAAUCCUAGAGGAGUUUGAGUUCAGAGAUCGGACGAGCGUCAUGCUGAAGGACAGGUGGAGGACGUUAAAGAAACAAUGGAAGGUUUGAAACGCUGAUCUCAGGGCUCUAAAUCUAUAUGUUUUUCUAUAAUACUGAUGCUUUAAUGAUCCUACUGUGCCAUCAACAGUUUCUCUAUUUUAGAAUUAUUCCAUGAAAUUCACAAAAAUGCACAUUUAUGAUUUUUUUUUUUAUUAUUACUUUUUAUAAUGAGUGACUGUAAAUAAUGCUUUUACUGUUGUGUUUUUUUUAACUACAUAUAAGAUUGUAAAAGUGAAUAUUGAAGCUUAUUUUGCACCGGAAAUGUUGCACAAAAAAUGCUUUAAAUAAACUGGAGUGGAUGUA